CAGUCUGUUUGUUAUAGAUUAUAGGUUUGGAAACGGAAAACUGUAUGGAGAUCAAACGUUUMUUCGAUGAGAAAAUUUGCAGAAUGUAWGCCAAAAUCCAUCUCGCUCUAUUUUCUCCCACUGCCGGCCAAUGGGCUUCCUCUCAUCACCAUAUUUGGUGUGAGGGAAACACGAACCAGAAGAUUCAGAYGUAUACAUCCKGUGAAAUAUCUGGUUCAUUGUUCUAUCUGUGUUGCCUUAUUCCAUUCCUUCCUGAAAGGGACCUGAGCAGAAAUUCAGGAGUUGUGCAUGUCACUGUGACAACAGUGCCGUGAGUGAGGUUGUCUGAAAUGAUUUAUUUGAUGUGGAGCAGUCUUUUUUGAUUGUUUUGGUAAAGGUCAGACAGGGUCGCGUUGAAAGCACCCUGAUUUGAAKUAACGUUACCGAAGGAGACUUGCUAAGGAAAAUCAAAGAAGUGGCCAAGAUUCUGAAGUGGGUGUCAAAGAACUGCCAGUCAAGAACAAAACCCUAAGUUGAUCUCACAGGCCAGAGUAUUGUAUUAAAAAAGUAUAGCCAGUGUGCAGUUAAAUGCAGCUCAACCUCUGUGUUUGCAAAUGGCUUGCUGUCUGAAGGAUGAGCUCCUGUGUUCCAUCUGCCUGAGUAUCUACCAGGACCCUGUCAGUUUCGGCUGUGAGCACUAUUUCUGCCGAAAGUGCAUCACUGAGCACUGGAGCAGGCAGGAGCCCCACGGUGUACGAGACUGUCCUGAGUGCAGGAGGACCUUCGCAGACCCUCUUCUCUCCCCAAGCCUCAAGCUGUCCAACAUAGUGGAGCGCUACUCAGCCUUCCCGCUGGACGCCAUCCUCAACGCGCAGAGGAGCUCCUAUCCCUGCAAGGACCACGAGAAGGUCAAGCUUUUCUGCCUCAGCGACAAGAGCCUGGUGUGUUUCUUCUGUGACGAGCCAGCCUUACACGAGCAGCAUCAGGUCACCACUAUUGACGAGGCUUACGAGGAGAUACAGAGGGAGAUGAAGGAGCAGCUGGCCACUCUGCAGGACAGUGAGAAGGGACACACAGAGGCCCUGCAGCUAUUGCAGAGGCAACUCACUGAGACCAAGUCGUCGGCCAAGGGCCUGCGUGCGACCAUCGGCGAGGCAUUUGAACGCCUGCAGCGGUUCCUGCGAGAGCGCCAGAAGGCCAUGCUGGAGGAGCUGGAGACGGACACGGCGCGCACGCUCUCCGACAUCGAGCACAAGAUCCAGCGCUUCAGCCAGCAGCUGCGUGACGUCAAGGAGGGCAUCGGCAUCCUGCAGGAGCGCCUCAACGAGACGGGACGCCACGACUUCCUGGAGGGCGUGGCCCUCACCUCCGAGAGGUGCUCUGCUUACUGUCUGACUGACCUUGGAUCAGCUCUUCUUCCAAAAAGCCACAGUCCUAAACUUUUGAUAAAAGGAAAGAUACAUGAGACCAAUCUAACAUAUGAAGAUUUCCCGACCUCCAAGUACAUGGGGCCCCUGCAGUACACAAUAUGGAAGUCUCUCUUUCAGGAUAUUUCACCAGUGCCAGCAGCUUUGACCUUAGACCCCAUCACAGCCCACCAGAGACUCAUCCUAUCAGAUGACUGCACCAUCGUAGCCUAUGGUAACCUGCACCCCCAGCCCCUGCAGGACUCCCCGCGGCGCUUCGACGUGGAGGUGUCUGUGCUGGGGGCCGAGGGCUUCGGCUCCGGGGUGCACUACUGGGAGGUGAUGGUGUCAGAGAAGACCCAGUGGAUGAUCGGCGUGGCCAACGAGACGGUCAGCCGCAAGGGUAGCAUCCAGAUCCAGCCCAGCCGCGGCUUCUACUGCGUCGUCAUGCACGACGGCAACCAGUACAGCGCCUGCACCGAGCCCUGGACCCGCCUCAACGUCAAGAGCAAGCUGGAGAAGGUGGGCGUGUACCUGGACUACCCCAAGGGCCUGCUGGUGUUCUACAAUGCUGACGACAUGUCCUGGCUGUACACCUACAGGGAGAAGACGUUCCCGGCCAAGCUCUGCCCCUACUUCAGCCCCGGGCAGAGCCACGCCAACGGCAAGAACGUCCAGCCGCUGAGAAUCAACACCGUGCGUCUAUAAGAGCCACACACAGGGUCACUCUACAGAUCGGCUCGCUCACCUCAACCCUCCCUGAGGAUAGGAUACCAACGAUGAUGAUGUAACUAAGAUCCUAAAGACGGCUCGUUUUUUUAAAUGAUGAGAGGGGGGGGACAAAACAGGGUGUUUGACUAUGAAAUGUAAAUUUCUUUCGUUCUGGUGUUCUUUCCGGGUCGCUGUUUUUGUCUUGCCUGUCGGUGUGGCUCCUCACUGAUCUCACCAGGGAGGAACUAUGUGGACAUUGCUGCAGCAUCAUGGUUUCAACUGGAGCCCCGGUUAACUUCUUCAGGGGUGGGCCUCUGGGCUUUACUCUGUCUGCAUAGAUGACGUCAUCGCACCGUGRUUUAGUAGUGGGAUCUCUGUGCUGUGACCGAGGCCCACCUUGCACAGGCCCAAGGGCUCUGCUCUCCUUACAAGGCUCCAGACUGACUGACAGAGGGCUGCUCGGUCUGUCUCUCUCAGCAGCCAGACAUUUUGAAAAUGGCGGUCACCUUUCUUUCUUUUAGGCUUGUUUGUGGAAUAUUUCUGACGACGCUCUGCUCCUUUUUCUUUGGCACAGUUAGCAGUUGUGAGCUCGUGAGUGAACGCCUAUCGGUGUGGCAGUGAGUGCCCGUUCCAUGUCCUCCCGUGUACCUGUACACUUUACUGAUGGAAAUGAUGUCGCAGCUCUUGAUUCCUUUCCCUCAGGUCACACGUCCAGUUUUCCACAGUCGACACUGUCAGUCAGUCCAAGUGCUGGACGUGGCUGAUACUCAUCAUUUGACAAUGGCAGCCUCAUGGUCUGUGUGCUCUAGUGAUGGUCACUCUGUGCGUGGUCACUGUUGUGGUGCUUGCCGUCGUCACCCUUCCCUCGUUUCCCUACACCUCUCCGUCUCUGUUCCUUCUCUCAGCACACCCACCCUCCUGUGUGUGACGUUGGGGGUGCCUGGAGAGGUCGUGUGUGUGGCAUGAAAAUGUGUCGCUGUGCGAGUGGGGACCUCUCCCCACCGGGUGGUUUCUGUUGGGUUCUUCCACUCCAGCAUGAGAGCUCUACUCUACCUGGCAUGUACCUAUGUUACAUAUUUGUUUGUACUUUUAUUUUUAGCAGGUUAGUCUCUUUUUGAGAUGAACAUUCUGAGAUGAUCUGGCCAAAUAGCAGUACACAAAGUUGCAGACACGUUUACAAAAUAAAACACAAAGCAUUACAGUUGGGGGGGAAAAAAUAAACAUACAUUUACACAUUGAACAAUAAGAUGGUUUGAGAAAGUGUGGCGCAACUAGAGGUCAAAACAUUGACCGUAAACCCCCCCCACCUAAUUUUCCAUCAUAGUGUUUAACCUAGUUUUAAUCUCAUUUAAAGGGUCGAGCUCCAGUCAUUUCAGGACCUUUUUUAAGCUGGUUCCAAGUGAAAGGCGCAGUGAACUGGCAUACCCCCCCCCCGCCCUCCUAAGUUUGUCUGCUGGACAAUGUAGUUACAGAAGCGUACAGGGGCGUACAUGUACAAAAUAUCACCGUCAUUAAUUACAGCCACGAAAAUAGCCUCUUCCUGACGUCAAAAGAAAAACCCAACUUGAGCCUAACGCAUUCGAUGUGGUGUUUUAAGUGAGACACUCAUCUAUCUAGAAACCCCAGUACUUGUAAGUUGCUACUCUGUCUAUACGUGGAAGAGGUGACGUUUUUAUUUGUGAAAACCAUAACGUUUGUCUUAUCAUUUAAAAGCAACUUCAGCUGACAGAGCUUAGUUCGGACAAUUGAUGACACAACACCAAACUGAACACACUGAGUUCUAUCUGAUAGUUACCCUUUGAACCUUGAGACUGCCCGAUCAGAUGAUCCUAUCCAAGUCUUUGCAACGCGUCAUGGUCAACGGCGUCGAAUGCCUUUUUGACAGCUCGAUGAAAAGGGAGACGGGUGCCGUUUCUCGCCCCGUGGCAUCAAUAAUAUCAUGAACAACUUCUGUUGCUGCAGUAGAAGAGCCAUGCUGUUUUCUGAAACCUCCAUUGAAACUUAGAUCAAACGUCAUUGACACACAAACCUGUGGAUUCCAUCUCCCUGCCUCCUCCCUCCCUCGACGUCGCAUCGUAGGUGUCAGAGGUUAAUCAGAAUAAAUGAAUCUUGACAUCUGCUGAAUUACAGUUAGCCUAUGGGGCAGAGACCACUGACAACUUGAGCAGCAUGACGCUGGAAUUAAUGAGCUCUGGAAGGUCUUUAAUCAUUCUGUCUCUUUGUACACCAAAUGCAACAGCUUCAUAGAUUUUUACGGAGUUACAGUUCAUAUGAGGGAAUCAGUCAGUUGAAAUAAAUUCAUUAGGCCCUAAUAUAUGGAUAUCACA